AUGCAAUCGUUCGAGCAAACACUUGAUAUCAAACAAAAUCUUCAUGGCAAAGUCCACCCAGACGUUUCGGUCGCUUGUCAUCAUAUCGGAGUGAUAAAGUAUCUCUUGAAAGAGUACGAUUCAGCUCUGCAUUGGCACCAGCAAGCCCUGGAUAUUAGCGUAGCGCUCUAUGGAAAGGAACACCCAGCCUCCGCUACAAGCUACUUCAGCAUUGCAGAAUGUCAGGGCGAAAUGCAAGAUUAUGAUUCUGCUCUAGAGUCAUGUCAACAGGCACUUGAUAUCAGGUUAAAACUUUUUGGACAGAAGAGCCAAGCUACAAGCGACUGUUAUGACGAACUGGAAUUUAUUCGAAGUCUAAAGAAAGUUUGCGAAUCAUCACUCAAGCUACAGAGCAAAAAUUCUUGA